GCCCAGGAAGUAGAAAUUAUAUAUAUUACAACCACUACUUUUUGUGACUUGUGAUUAAAGUCAUUCAACUUAUUCAAUCAAAUUAUUCAAAUUAUUCAACUUAUUCAAUCAAAUUCAAAGUGCUGCUUCUCAUAAAACGCUAAAGUAGAAUCAACAAUAUUUGCUUUAAUCGUUUGUUUUGAUAUGCAUGUCUGAUCGUUGUGAGGCGGGGGAUAUUUAAGGGGCGGCGCAUUCGGCUGGUGCUCUUUUGUAUGUAGGUCCAAUCCGAGCCGGCCACACUGAGACAUAGUAACACAAAAAAUGCAUGGUUCCUUGUACGAUCGAUUCAACGCAAAUUUUGAGCCGAUGGAUUUUGAUUAUCUUCCUGAUCAAGGGACUGAUCAAGAAAGGUAUUAUUGGCGAAACGGAUUAUCACUCAUCAGAACUCUGCCGUGGCUUAGCAAAUGAAGGCAUUUCCGGUUCUGGUAAAUAGAGGAACGCACUGGUUAAACGUGUCAACAAUGAGGGCAGGCUACCACGAGAUCUUAUACCAGAAGGAGUACGUUAUCCAGCCAGAGAACCAUAGCUGGGAGUCGCACGGAGGACAAGGCCAACAAUACGUGUCACGCAAGGCGUCCACGUGCUACAGCUCCACGUCACGCAACAUGGCCUCUUGUUUCAGCACCACCUCCACUGGUGGGCUAGCGAGUAGCAUCUCUCCAUUCGCUGACACUGAGGACCCAUCAAUUAUCAAGGCAAGGAACCAAUCAAAGCUCGUCGCCUGCUACCCAGAGCCUCAUCGAGUGCAUCUCAAUUCUUAUCCAAGGCAACGCAUAAUUGAACACAACUACAUUAACGAGCACCAUGCAAACUCGUACCAUUCACAGCACAUGUCCGAUGAUAGACAAGUGUUAAACAGGGAGCAUUCAGACGAGGGAAAACGCCUUAUCUACGUCCCGUUUAACCAGAAAUUCAAGACAGAGGAACAAGUUCCCCACGAGAGAACGUAUAUACAGAACAUCAAGGGAAAUCAACGCACCGAAAGAGCUCUGUAUCAACAGGACUUAAGAGACCCCCAACCUCAGUACAAUCCGCCUUUUAGACCACAGUCCGAGAAAUCUGCUUACCAGCAGAUCUAUAUAGAGUCUGCUCAGACCGUUAGGGCGCCGUUUGAACAAACUGUAAGAGACUUUUCCCAGCAUGACAGGACGAAACAUGCGUCCGCGAUACUAGAAAAUCAGCAUGUUGAUAUACAUGCAUACAAACGGAUCGUCGGAGCAACUCAGUACGGAGGUUUUCAGUACGAGAAGAACCCGAGAGAAACUUCACAUGCUAAUAUAGCUUUGUAUAGGCAGAGCUUUAAGGAAUCUCAGCAAGAAGUAUUCCCGUCGAAGCAAAAUUUUAGAGAAGGCGAUAUUGCUCUUACUGAACAGUUCUCGAAACAGUCUCAGUUUGCUAACAUGUCGUCUUACAAACAAACCUAUUAUAGAGAAUCUCCUCACGAUAUGGUUUCUUACAAACAACCAAAGGAAUCAACACAAGUUGUCAAGGUGAUGUAUGGCAAACAGAAUUUUAGAGAAACUCCAUCCCCUGAUCUAAACCCGCACGUGGCAAUGCACUACAAACGAAAAUUUGGAGAAACCUCACACACUGAAAUACCCCCUCCCAAGCGACCCUUGAGAGAGUCACAACAAGUAGACACGGAGACACAUAGUCACUCACUGAAAGAGUGUCCACUCCCCUACAAGCGAACCUCGAGAAGAACACAAAAAGCUGACAUGGAUAUAGAUGGGCAUGUCCAGAGAGAGUCUCUUGUCCAGUUCCAGCAGCAACUGAGAGAAACUUUAGGGCCAGAUCCGUGCAAACUGCAUUACAGAGAAACUCAACAUGAUGACAUAGCUUCGAAUGAACAGCUUUUAAGAGAAUCGCCUCAAUGUGAAAGCGUGGCGCGUAAGCACAUGCCGAGACGGUCUCCACCAGCGUACAAACCGCAAUUGAAAGAAUCACCAAAGGUGAACAGAAUUCGAGAUGCACAUCUACUUCGCCCUCCGCCACCGCUGGUUAGAGUAGCCGAAGAUGUUCCAAGAAAUACCGACACCUCUCCGACUCUGUCCCGACGGCAAGGAUUUGUAAGCCACGAGGUUUCUUCAAGAAAAACCGACGUAUCUCCGAUCCCUCCUUCUGAAUGUACUUUUUUGGAAGGUUUUGAGGAAAAACGAAUUGAUCAUUAUCGCCACCACGCUAGCUCAGUUUCUUGUGCCGAAAGAGUCAGUCCUACCAAAGAAGAAAUGUGCGAUCUUUCUGACGUACACAGUCAGGGGAGACGAAGAUCGAUCCAUUAUAUCUUAGACUUGACAAAAACCUCUGUGAAGGAAAAGAGAAAAUCGUUAUGCAAAGAAACAGCGGAAAACCCACACUUUAAAAAGGACGGAUUUACUGGAAAUGUUAUGUCACAUACAUCGAAAAGCGAAAGCGCGACCAGCAUGACCGCAAAUCAUUCCCAGUCACCUAACAUCACGGAAUCAGCAAUUACUUCAAACUGCGUCUCAACAAACGUGCUCCGCAAUUCGUCGAGAUCAGACUCCACCCAGGUUACAAACAAUGGGAGAGUGUCAACCUCACGAAACACUGCACUACCACAGCCACCUCCACUACGCCAACUUGAUGACAGAGAAAACCCUAGUACAAACGCGGAUGAAAGGUCGCCGCAAACAUGCCUAAAGAGGUCUCAUAGUUACUCUGAAGUGCAUGAGGUCACUAAGAACGUGAGCGUUCACAGGACAAACAGUGAAGGCUCGCCCGCACAAACGCCAAAAAGACAACCCGAAGCUGUACGUAGGGGCAAAGAUGGUAGCGUCGAAAAAGGACAUGCUGCGUCAUGCGGGGGCUACGCGUACGACCAUGGCACUUUGCCAAUUAUUAUUGCAGUUCAUUCUAUGGCGAUGGAUGAAACGGGAUCUAAUGUGAAUAGCAAGAAAAUCUGGGAAACGGUUCUGAAGACCGCAACGUCGACUUUAAGCUGUUCAAAAUCCAAGUCAUCUUCUCAAGAACAAGGAACACCUUCAAUCUCGUCAUCACCAACAAGCGUCGACAAAUUGGUGACAGAAAGAACAACACGUUCAUCACAGAAUGCAAAAGAAAACGAAUCCACAAAUGCGACUAGGGAACGUGUGCAUAAGAAAAAACACCAGCCAUCUCAAAAGUGUAUUGCUGUCGCUACUACGAUCCAAAAAACGGAGGCACAAGAAAGAGUAAAUGAAAUCGAAAAUAAAAUUAUCAACACACGGAGAAAAAUAGAAAGAGAAAAAAUAGCUUGGAAAAAGAAAUUGCUUCGACGUUUGGAGAACGUACUCAAUAAAAAGCUUAUCCGGGCAGAGAGAGAAACUAAAACAAAAGCAACGAUUGACUUAGGAUCUGUGAACUCUGGGGUUCAGAGUAAAACAGAGAGUAAAACACAAAGCAGUUAUUAUCCCCAAGCGAAACGUAAAAAUAGAAAAAGAUCGACAGAGAAACGGGAAACUCUCGAGAUCUCAACACAAACAACUGCUAGUGAAAUUGACAAAGAGGUGAAAAGUAAAGAAGUUACGAAAAGCAAAGAGAGCAGCAUUGAUGUGUCUGAAACAGAGCAAGCACACAAUUCAACUAAAGCCCGUAAAGAUGAACAUGGUGUAACACUUACUCCAGACGACGUUGAAGAAGUGGAGACUGUUGUUGUUGUUGAUAGGGGAACACAGUGGGAGUUCUGUAACAACAAUGGGCCAAAUACAAUGUGUACAAAAUUCACAUAGAAGAGCCGAUUUAUGAAACACCAAUGGCCCAAAGACAAUGUUUACAUUCACAAAGAAGGACAGAGUAAAAUACAUGCAUCUAGCCACCAAACUGCUAUUUCUACAUAACAUUUCAACGCUAAAGUAAAACAUGCUAACCAUAAAUAUAAGAGUAAGUAGGAAAAAGAUACAAUAACUAAUAAUUUUGAUACUUAAAUCUCAUAGAAACAUCAUUUCAUCAUAACUAAACUUGACAUACAGAUGUCAUAAAGUCGUCAAGGGGGUGGUGCAACGAUCUAUCAUGCCAAGUUUGGUUGUCUAAUGAUAUUUCUGUGAAGAGGUAUGAGAAUUUCUGGCGACGUCAUCGAUGAUGUCAUAUUGAAGUAUCAUAUGGUUGCACAGAAAUAUGAUUAUUUAUGUUCUGCGUGAUGUCAUUGAUGAUUUUAUGUCCAGUAACAAUAUCGUUGCUACCUCUUGACACCUACAUGACAUCUACCAAGUUUUCAUGAUGUGAUACUUAAGUUGUCUUUUCUUUAUGACGUCAUCGCCAGUAACCGUAUCGUUGCGUUCCUCUUGAUGCCUAUCUGUGAAGCUGGCUUGUCUAAUGUUUUUUUUUCAUUAUUAGGUAUGACAUUUAUGUCCGACAUGUUUUUACAUUUAUGGUUGAUACACGCAGUAGCUUUUCUUGUAGAUGGCGUUAUAUUGAUAUGAUUCAAAAGAACUUUUUGUACAAAACGUAUUUAAAAAUAUUAGUGUUUAUCUAUUUAAAACAAAGUGUUUUUAAUACAUCCUUACAUUUA